UGUAAGCUCAUGGAUGUAGCUGGUGGCUUGGGCACCGAUGAACUUAGACUGCUCUAUGGCAUGGCUUUGGUCAGGGUUUCAUCAUGUAGCUUCUAUUGGUCUACAGCUCACUUUGUAACUGAGGCUGGCUUCCUACUCCAAGGUGAUCCUCUUGCCUCUGCCUCCCUAGUUGCCAUUGUUCCCAGCUCAGUGGUUCAUUGCUGUAAUUUAUUGUGGAUUGUCCAACCAUCUUAUCAUACCAUCACCACCACACAUACAGAGGGGACUGGGCUGGGCUCCUUGAACUACUUCUUUUCCUUUUCUCUCCCCUCUGAAAGCUGAACGGUUGCUGAAUUGUGGAAGAAAAGACACAGGCUGGGAGCUUCCAAUUGAACUGAAUCAUAGUGGUUCUGAGAAUUUCAUACAUUUUGGGGCAAGGGUUGCCGCUGAAGUUUUCUCAUACUUCAAAGCUUUAUAUAUUUCCACUAUCUGUCUUGAUGUUUUCCCCUUUGUCCUCUGUUUCUGUCAUUUAUCUGUUCCCCAUGUGAUGCAGUCAUUUGUUCUUAUAUCUAUAGCAUAUUGUGUUCUAUCGUAUGUCACGAUUAUUCCAGACCAAGUUUGCCAAGACCAGAACAGUGUCUUACUUAUCUGUAUUGUUUCAGUACAUAGCAUAGUCCCCAGUCAAUGUUGGGCUGAGUGGAAAUGUCCCUGCUUUGGCUGACACCAAUCAUAAGAACAGGCCAGUCAGUAAAAAGAUUGUAGAAAUACAAGAUAUCAGUAACUUUACAAGGAAUUUUGAGUGAAACAGGUUUUUAUACUCUACCACUUAUUUCUUUCCCAUCCCAGGUUUGUGAAUCUUAUCUCAGAGAGGAAGACCAAAUGUUCUAACCUCCCCCUCAAGUACCUGGCUCAGGAGGUGAACAUUCCAGACUGGAUUGUUGAACUUCGCCACAAGUUGACCCACAAGAAAAUGCCUCAUAUAAAUGACUGCCGCAGAGGUUGCUACUUUGUCCUGAAUUGGCUCCAGAAGACAUACUGGAGCCGUCAACUGGAGGAUACCCUGAAAGAGACCUGGGAGUUGGAAGACGACCAGAUAGAGCCAGAAGAACACCAAGAAGUGGAAGGUGAAACUAUUGUUGAUGUUGUAGUAGAAGCAGAAGUAGAAGCAGAGCCGGAGCCAGAGCCUCAGGAGGAUGACAAAGAUGAAGAGCUGCCUGUUGAGGACAAUGUGAACGAUAAAGACAAGAAAGAGGCAGAUUCUCCUCCAGAACCCAGUCCAAGAUAUAAAGAGCUGUACGAAAAAGCACGGGAAUUGCUGGUAUCAUAUGAAGAGGAGCAGUUUAAGGUGCUGGAGAAAUACAGGCAUUUACCUCAGGCUGUUAAGGUGUGGAACAACCUUUCUCCGUGUGUACAGUGUAUCCUGGAAGAACUCAAAAGCAUUACAUGGGAGAACAGGGAUGCUGUGCUGGAUGCUUUUCUGGACGAAGGCUUCCUUAUCCCCACUUUCGAGCAGUUGGCAGCUUUGCAGAUAGAGUAUGAAGAUGGUCAGACUGAGGUCCAGAAAGGGGAAGUUACUGAACCAAAUUCACACAAAAACAUCAACUUGAGUGACGUCUUGGUGCCAAAGCCAUUCUCUCAGUUCUGGCAGCCACUGCUCAGGGGCCUGCACUCCCAGACCUUCACACAGGCCCUGCUGGAGAGGAUGUUCUUUGAGUUGUCUACCUUGGGGAGCACUGGGAUCCGGUCUACCUACAUCCUUAGAUGGACUGUUGAACUGAUCGUGGCCAACACCAAGAUUGGACGGAAUGCCCGGAAGUUUUCUGCAAGCCAAUGGGAAGCAAGAAAGAGCUGGAGGCUGUUCAACUGUUCUGCCUCCCUUGAUUGGCCCCAGGUGGUUGAGUCCUGCUUGGGCUCACCUUGCUGGGCCAGUCCCCAACUCCUUCAGCUAGUCUUCAACGCCAUGGGACAGGUCUUGCCCGAUGGGGAGCAGGAGAAGCUGCUGCGUGUCUGUUCCAUUUAUACUCAGAAUGGAGAGAAUGGUGUGGCAAAGACAAGUGUAGGUUCCUCUUCCGCUGGGAAAAGUCCAUACACAUUGGAUACCUUACAUCAGGACCCAAAACCAUCUGGUGCCAACUGUGAGUCUGAAGAAAAUACUCAACAGAAGGAUCAAGGCAGCCUUAAGGAUGCCAAGCAAGGGGAGGAAAAGGAGAAUGAGGAGGAGGAGGAGGAGCAGGAGAAUGAGGUGGAGCAGGAUGAGGAUGAGGAACAGGAGCAAAAGGUCUUUCAAGAUCAGAUGGAGGAAGAUGUAGAGGAAAGUUAUGACUUGAUAGAGGAAGAAGAGGAAGUGGAUGAGGAUGAAGAUGACGAUGAUGAUGAUGACGAUGACGAAGACGACGAUGAUGAUGAAGACAGAAUGGAGAUGGAGGCUUUCUCUCUCAUGAAGGAAUCCUACGAUUUUGAGAAUACUAGGGUCAUGUCCUGGAAAAGGGAAGCUUUGCAGGGUUCAGCAUGGCAAGUAAGCUCUGAAGAUGUGCGAUGGGGUGCAUUCCCUAUAGGCCGAAUGCCAGGUCAGACUGACGACCCAACAGAACUUUUGUUGGAUAAUUACGACACCAUGUAUCUUUUGGACCAACCUGUACUCGAGCAGCGGCUAGAAGCCCCAAAGUCCAGGAGUAGCGCUUUGAGCCUAAGUUGUUGUGGAGGCAGUAGCAACUCUAGCAGCAGCAGCAGUAGCAGCAGCAGCGGCGGCGGUAGCGGCAACUUGGAGGGCCUUCUCUGGAACCAGGGACAACUGCAUGGGCUCAAAGCUGGCCUGCAGCUCUUCUGAUGACUGUCCUUAUGCAAGUGGCCUUGAAGCCCCGCUAUAUUUCACAGCCCAGAGUCCAUCCAUGGUACAGACUGAACAACCUGGGAAAUAGUUCAGAUCAGCUGUAUCAAUUUAGCUUUCCACCGCAAUAGAAAUUUGAAUAUUUCUCCAGAUUUUCUGUUUUGUUUUGAAAAAUAAUAAACAGAUUUUUUGUCAU